AGAAAUUGGUUGACCAUCAUUGAGAUACUAAGCUAGCCUAUAUAGGCUUACCCAAGAUGAUGCAUACAUAUAAGCUUAGUACAUAUAACCUAUGGCUCUGAUGCAUCUAAGUACAACUUAAAAGGGGACCUGUAUAUCUAAAGUUGCACCAGAUUUAAACACAAGGCAAUGAACAGUGAUAAUGGUUGGUUACCAUCCCACAAAGUAUGAGUUGACCAAAAGAGAUCAUGCAAUUUCUGGUGCCGUCAGUGGGGUCAUCACACGUGCCAUGUGUCAGCCACUAGAUGUCAUUAAAAUACGAUUUCAGUUACAAACAGAACCCAUAUCUAAAGCACCGAAAUCAAAAUAUUACAGUAUCAGACAAUCAUUCAGGUCUAUAAUACGGGAAGAGGGGUAUCAAGCUUUGUGGAAAGGCCAUUUAACGGCACAGUUGUUCACAGUUGUAUAUGGCCCUGCUACGUUUGUAUCUUUUGAGAUUCUGACAAAACAAGCGUGGAACUAUCUUCCCGAACAUUACUCUACAGACUAUCGCCCAAUUACUCACUUUGUGUGUGGAGGAAUAUCAGGAUGUGUCGCUAGUGUGGCAUGUCAGCCAUUUGAUGUGACUCGAACACGACUUGUUGCUCAGGGUGAACCCAAGAUUUACAAUGGCAUUCUUCAUGCAUGGAAAUGUAUGCUGGCUGAGGGACCACUAACAUUUUAUAAGGGCCUGGUUCCAACUCUAGUCCAAGUGGCACCCUAUUCAGGGUUACAGUUUGGUGUUUAUUCCCUUUUCAAGAACAUUUGGAACAUGACUCUGCCAGAUGGGGAGCACCAUUCUAAAUAUGCAGGUAUGCUUGAAAGUUUAAUUUGUGGCUUUGGUGCAGGAGUCGUCGCAAAAGGUGUCAUCUAUCCAUUCGACCUAAUCAAAAAAAGACUUCAAGUUCAAGGUUUCGAAGAAGCUCGAAAAACAUUUGGAAAAGUGAGACAUUAUACUGGAUUAUCGAACUGCACUAAGUGCAUCAUACGAGAUGAGGGACUGAAAGGCCUAUAUAAGGGCCUCAGCCCAAGUUUGAUCAAAGCUGCAGCAGUGACAGGUUUGGCUUUCUUUGCAUAUGAACAAUGUUGCAGUUUUAUUGUUAUGGUCAAGUCCAGUUGAUGAUGGCCUCUGCAUGCUAUAGUUAAGGAUAUAACAUAAUAUGAAUACGUAGACUGCUGAUGUGAUGCGACUACCUCUGCAAGCUGAUUCAUAAUUUAUGACAUUUUGGGACCAAAAUUGAUUAUGUUUGGGGAGGGGGUAGAAUAAAGAAGUCUAAUAUGUUUUGUUAGGAUCAGCAUGCACUAAUGAUUAAAAUGAACCAACCAGAAUUAAUCAGUACAUGUUGAUUAUAUUGAGAGGAAGGAGGGUUAGUCUGGACUGAGGAUGUAAAACUUUAUAUUUAAACUCGUCCCUUAAGCUCCAUAAACAUCAGAAACUUGAAAAUGCACAAUGAACUUAUUACCAGGGUAAAGUUUAUCACUAAUUGUUCACUGCACAAUGUUUUAUGAAUUUUACGAUGAACCAGAUGAGUUUCA